AUGAAAGGUUUCAGACAGAGAGUGUUGUCGAGGGCAAAGGACGGCAACAAGUCUUCCAAGAAGAAAGACGCGAGUAAUUCAGGCACCGCGUCUCCGCUGUCCUCAUCCACUACGCUCGCUGGUGGUGAUUCGAGAUCUCCCAAUAGCUCCAACACCGCAACCCCGACCUCCUCAUCGACGAAUCUGAACGAACUACGAAACAAGGGCGGAAAUCAUGAGGGCGCCAACGCCAAUCACGGAACCACUCAACAUCAUACUGGCGCUGCUGCAGGAUCGGGCUCGCUGGCUUCUCAUUACAUGUCGCAAGGCUCCGCUCAUGGAUCAGGCGGACCUGGAACAGCCACAGCUCGUCAUCACAUUGCUCCAAGCGUGAUCAUAAGCCCAAGUGCUCCUCACAUUCCGGGACCUGGCGCGACUGAAACAAUGCCUGGCGACCUUGCACCUCCCAAGGCCGGCCAGAAAUCCCUCCUUUUCGAUCGACUGCAAUCUACCCCGAAGGAUGUGCCCGAGGGUGUCCGAACGCCCAAGAGACAGCACUCGUCGAGAUUUGAUGUAUCAGACCAAAGAGCUCGUGAUCUGGAGAAAUUGCCGGGCUUCCACGAAGUCCCUCCCAAUCGAAGACAAGAGUUAUUCAUGCAAAAGAUCGAUCAAUGCAAUAUUAUCUUCGACUUCAAUGACCAGACCGCCGACAUGAAAUCAAAAGAAAUCAAGAGACUUGCCCUCCACGAACUUCUGGAUUAUGUUGCCAAUAACCGAUCGGUGAUAACCGAGCCGAUGUAUCCGAAAGUUGUCGAAAUGUUUAGCAAGAACCUUUUCCGCCCCGUUCCCCCUCCUGUCAAUCCGCAGGGUGAAGCAUUUGAUCCCGAAGAAGAUGAACCAGUCCUUGAAGUGGCUUGGCCUCACAUCCAAGUGGUCUACGAGUUCUUUUUACGUUUCAUCGAAAGCCAAGACUUCAACACAAACAUUGCCAAAGCUUACAUUGACCAUCAUUUCGUCCUCCAGUUGCUGGAGCUGUUCGACUCAGAAGACCCUAGAGAAAGAGAUUUCCUCAAGACCACACUUCACCGCAUCUACGGCAAAUUCCUGAAUCUUCGGUCCUACAUUCGAAGGUCGAUCAACAAUGUCUUUUUCCAGUUUACGUACGAGACGGAGAGGUUCAACGGCAUAGCCGAACUUCUCGAGAUUCUUGGUUCGAUCAUCAACGGCUUUGCUCUUCCGCUGAAAGAAGAGCAUAAACUCUUCUUGACCAGGGUUCUUAUUCCCCUGCACAAAGUCAAGAGUUUGAGCAUGUAUCAUCCCCAAUUGGCAUAUUGUAUCGUGCAAUUCUUGGAGAAAGACGCGGCGUUGACGGAAGAAGUGGUGCUUGGUCUCCUCCGCUAUUGGCCGAAAGUCAACAGCACUAAAGAAGUCAUGUUCCUGAACGAAGUCGAGGAUAUUUUCGAGGUUAUGGAUCCGCAAGAAUUUGCUAAAGUCCAAGAGCCUCUCUUCAACCAACUGGCCAAAUCUGUAGCGAGUCCUCAUUUCCAAGUGGCCGAGCGUGCAUUGUACUUCUGGAAUAACGAAUACUUCUGCAACCUCGUCAGUGACAACGUCGAAACCAUCCUUCCGAUCAUGUUUGCUCCGUUGUACGAAAAUUCCAAAGGACACUGGAACCGCACAAUACACGGCAUGGUUUACAACGCAAUGAAACUUUUCAUGGAGAUCAACCCUCAGCUUUUCGACGAGUGUUCGCACGAUUACAACGAAAUGCAGAGCACUGCCGCUCAACGGGAAAAAGCACGCGAAGCGAAGUGGGCGAAGCUCACUGAGCAGGCCGAUCGCAUGAAGGCCGCCGGAGCGGCAAAACCACCGACGACCCCUAGUAUCCAGGAAGUGCCAGAGACGGAUGCUGCGCAGGACAACCAAGAGAGACUAGAUGCUCUCAAACUGCAUGAUGAGUCGUCGUCAAGCAAACCAUCAUCGAUUCGCAUGGUCAGACGAGAUCUCGCCGGUCGAACAGCAGCUUGGAUGGCAAAUCGAGAAGACAUCGCACCCAUUCUGGAGGAUCCCUUGAAUUUCACCGGACAGUACAAAUGCCUCAUGUUCAACGCCACGGAGGCGGUAUGUCGCAGCAUUGACCCGAGCAAAUAUUGGGCUGUCGGUGGUGGCAGCGAGCUAUGA